AUGAAUACAUAUUCAUCCAUAAAUACAUCUAUCCAAACAUGUGUUGUAAAAAAAUCUGGUCCAACAUUCACACAAACCAUAGACUGCUUAACCCAGUUGCCCGCGUCAUUGCUUUGUCCCGAUCCUACACAAGAUCCAUCCGAGUUUUGCGGUCCUCAAACUACUACUUUAUGUGUUAUUGAAUCAUUCGGCCCAACCUUCACUCAAACAAUAGACUGCUUGACUGAUACAACCACAUCAUUGCUUUGUUCUGCUCCCACACACUUCCCAUCCGAUUGUAGUAAUUAUGAUACCACAACUAUUUUCACUUGCACACCUACCACUUUAGUUUGCUCUCCUACUGAGAAUUAA